AUGGAAAAGGAGAAUAAUACAGCUGUGCCAUCAUCUGCUACUGCUAGAGUUCGGCACCGUAAACGGUCCAAUGAGCAAAUACAAAUCAAUGUGGAUCCGCGCACACUCUACUGUUUGGAUGAUUGGGGGUUUCGCAUUAAUUGUUUACAUGGGUCAUCUCUAUAUUGGCACUUCUUCUUCACUGCAAUGUUUUUUGUUUAUGGACGCCUUCUCAGCCAACCACUUGUCAAUACUGUAACUUCGGACAAGUUUUUGUAUCAGUUUGUUAGCAGCCUUGUCAAGUAUCAUAUGGCUAUCUGUUACUUCUUGUACAUUGCAGGUUUUAUGUGGUUUAUUCUUACAUUGAAGAAGAAGAUGUACAAGUAUCAGUUUGGCCAGUAUGCAUGGACACAUAUGAUUCUGAUUGUGGUAUUCACACAGUCAUCCUUUACUGUAGCCAAUAUCUUUGAAGGAAUUUUCUGGUUUCUUCUUCCAGCAUCACUUAUUGUUAUCAAUGACAUUUUUGCUUAUAUCUUUGGUUUCUUCUUUGGAAGAACCCCAUUAAUCAAGUUAUCGCCUAAGAAAACAUGGGAGGGGUUUAUUGGAGCAUCUGUUACAACUAUCAUCUCUGCAUUUGUGCUUGCAAAUAUCUUGGGUCGUUUCCAGUGGCUAACCUGUCCAAGAAAGGAUUUAUCAACCGGUUGGCUUCAAUGUGACCCAGGUCCAUUGUUUAAGCCUGAGAAUUUCUUCUUACCAGGAUGGAUUUCGCAAUGGUUUCCUUGGAAAGAGAUCUCUGUUUUGCCUGUUCAGUGGCAUGCUUUAUGCUUUGGUUUGUUUGCAUCAAUUAUAGCACCUUUUGGGGGAUUUUUUGCAAGUGGUUUUAAAAGAGCUUUUAAGAUCAAGGAUUUUGGUGAUAGUAUUCCUGGGCAUGGUGGAAUUACAGAUAGAAUGGAUUGUCAGAUGGUGAUGGCAGUAUUCGCAUAUAUCUAUCACCAGUCGUUUGUUGUGCGUCAAGGUAUCUCAGUUGAAAUGAUCUUGGACCAGAUAUUGACAAAUCUUACGUUCGAAGAGCAGCAAAGUCUUCUUAUGAAGCUAGGGCAGAUCUUGCAGGAAAGACUUGAGCAUUCUUAAAUAUGUGGGCACAAUUCUGUGCAAGUUACCAUCUCUUACUUUCCCCCAUAAUAUAUUGCUUGCCCAUCGUGGUUUAAUUUGUAACAGCAAAAGGAGGAAAAGAAAAUGCUGUAUAUGGUCUUUGUUAAGUUUCAUGUUUUCUCCAUUCAAAUAUUUUUAGAAAGUGUUCGUUAUGCGCUCACUCUGUAUAGUAUAUGUUAAGCCAAUUAAUUAUUAAUUGCCUCA